CUCGCAUGUUCGCUAUGAUUUAGUGCAGUGAAAGAGGGAAAACUGUGGAGCUGGGAAUAAUCAGCUGCGACAAAUGCAGUGUCCAUGACACUGACUUUACGACACUGUGUUUGGAACUUACUGCUUUCUGGGAGUAGUAAUUAUCGCAGCAGUUUCCAUAGGGGAUAUUUUAAGGAGACCCCCUGUCAGGCGAUAGUUUUUUUUUUCCAUUUAGCGAUCAGUUGAAGUGUUAGAAAUAGGCGGAGAGGUCUGUGAUGGUUGUGGCUGAGCGGGGAGCAGACACAUCUCUCUCUAUUUCUGCGCGAUUGUGAUGUUUUGAGCGCGCGGAGGGGAUUAUUGUUACGCACGUCACACAGAGCGCAGUUUUGGGUGAUGCGUCCAAUGAGGACCAUUGAAGCACAGUGCGGACCCUCGGCUGGAUAAACCCUACAUUUUGGGGAGUAACGAUUAUAUGCGCAUCUUGUUUUAGUUACGUGGUGUUAGUGCACAGAGGAAUACUGACUGCUCUAAGGAAAGGUCUGCGACAAAACUGGGAAGACCCUGAAUCCAGGGUGUACUUGUCAUGCCCAUUUUGCCUCAGAGGACAACAGACACGGGCUGAGAUCUGAAUUACUAUUUUGAUUCUGUGAAUGAGGAGACGUUGUGCGAGGAGCCAAGCCACGUUCGAAAUGUGAAGUCCAAAAUCUGCAACGUCCCUGAGCCACGUUCAUUUUCUACAUUUGAUUUGUUUACAUCGAUUAAGAAAUGGCGAUCCUGCCUGUCCUCCUCCUGCUGACACUCUCCAUUGCACAGCCUGUCUCUAGUCAAGAGCUGAUGGGCCCAGACCAGGGGGCUGUGCCUAGAGGAUGUGGGUGGGGCAUAGUGCGCCCGUACACGCUCUUAUGUGACCUGGACUCUAUCUGGGGAGUGGCUGUAGAGUCUGUAGCUGCUGGAGGAGUUUUGGCCUCCAUCUUACUCACCCUGGUUCUCCUGUGUCGUCUGCGUCACAUCAGUGAAGGGGAGAAGCGAAGUGGCGUGGGGCCCAUACUUCUGCUGCUUCUUGGCGUCAUAGGUCUGUUUGGCCUGAGUUUUGCAUACCUUAUUGAGCAGGACGAGUCACUCUGUCUCCUACGGAGGGCGCUAUGGGGUGUGUUGUUCGCACUGUGCUUCUCCUGCCUGCUGGUGCAGGGUGUGCGUCUGCGCAGGCUGGGACGUGAGAGGCGUAGCCCAGGUGGGUGUGCCCUAACCGGGCUGGCCCUUGGCCUGAGUGCGGUGCAGGGGAUCAUCGCGGCUGAGUGGCUGCUGCUGACGGUGCUCAGAGAGGGCCGGGCCGCUUGCCAGUACCUGCCUCUGGACUUCUCUCUGGCCUGUAGCUACGUCCUGGCCCUGCUGUUGGCCGCACUGACCGCUGCCUCUUUGGCGCUCUGUGGGAAAACUCGGCAGUGGCGCUGCAACGCCAUCUGGCUGCUGGUGACCUGCAUGCUGUCGCUGCUGCUGUGGGUGGCCUGGGUGGGCUUCUACCUGUACGGGAACGAUUGGCUGGGACGCUCCCCUGAUUGGAAUGACCCCACAUUGGCCAUAGCUCUAGUGGCUCAAGGCUGGCUCCUGCUUCUUUUCCAUGCCAUCCCCGAGUCCCACCUGUGUCUGAGACCCCCACCACAGCCCACCGCCCCCGACUACUUUGACACCUCCCAGAACUCCACCAGGAUGAGGGAGACCAGCUUUGAUGAUGAAAUCCCACUUUCCCAUAGGCAGUUUGUGGAGAACCAAGGCUACGGAUACACUGAUGAGAAUGCCGCAGGUCUGAGGAGUGGCAGCAGUGCUGGGCAGCACAACAGCAGUGGAGGAGCCCGGCCCAGCGCUCCAUUCCGCAGUAACGUGUACCAGCCCACAGAGAUGACUAUGAUCCUAAACGGGGGCGCGGUGCCCUCAGCCCCUCCCACCUACACGGGUCGACAGCUGUGGUAAAGGAUCAUGUAUUGGGAAGACGACGUGUUGGGGAUGAUGAAAACAGUGAGGAGUGCUGAGAGAUGUGUUGGACUUAAACAAAAAACAAACAAAAAACAUUGUUGCCAACUGGGACAUUUCACUUUGUACAGACUUAGUAACUGUCUGUGUGCCAAUCAACUUGUACUGUUUAAGUGUGUAUGGGACUCGGAGAUAGUGGGCCAUGGAGGGCCGAGCUACAACGUUUUAGAGGAAAGUUGAAACUAAAAUUAUGAACAAAAAUGCAAGAAAAUCAUCUGACUGAUAAUAUAUCUGUCAAGGUGUUGUAGCAUCAUUCUCCAAAGAGUUCAGCACUAAAACAACAGAAAAAUCGUUCCAGUUUUCCAACCGGUCAGACUGUCUCUUUGCUAAAAUGGAAAACCUUUGGCUCUGUCCUCCAUCUAUCCACACAGAAGAGCACAUGGGCAUCAGAACAGCAUAAGUACCGCCCUAUAUUAAAAAAAACAAACAAUGUAUACAACAUCAUCUCAACUGCAGUCUCUCCUAUCCCCCGAACACUCGCAUUUCUCACCCUUAUUCACACGCAUGGAACUCAAAACUGUGAAGUCCACAUGACCACAGCACAGAGCCAGUGCAUAGAAGGACGUUGACGCUGCUAACAGAUUUGUUAAAUACAGGAAGAAUCUGAAGGACUCUGAUUGGACAGUUGGGACGUCAAUUAUCUGUAAAUCUAGGUCAGACUGCUGUGCUCUCCAGUGGGCAAAUGUCACUUUAAAUCAGUAGGAAAAGAAGAGAGGAAAUGCAACGGCUUCCUUAGUGUGUUUUGUAUGUUCGGACAUUUAAAAGACAUUCAGAUAACAGGGUUGCUAACUGGUGCUAAAUACCCCAUAGUAUAUUUUAGCUCUGCACAACUUCCCAGAGAAAAAUUACAUUAUAGUGUGCAAGACAGAAGCUUGUGCGGUGAUGGGACUGAAAGAUGGUCUAUAGGCGACACUCCCAAUCCUACAGUGACAAGAUGGUGCCCGGUACGUCUGGUUUGGGGGCGGCGGCCGUGCUGUCGUGUCUAUCUUGUGGAGCGUCCAGGAAAAGUCAGUGUGCCAAGAAAGGACUCACGUUUCUCAGAGUCUACAUUUCACACUUCGGUCACGACAAGCUCUGUACAUAGUAUGGUGUAAGCUUGUUUACUUUUAGUUUAGUCCUACUGAAGAACUGACGACUUUUUUAAGUUGAUUUGCCUUGUGUUCCAACAUUUGAUUUUUGUUCUGUUAAGCUUCUUUUUCAGUUUUAUUUUUUAUGAUUAGCUCUUUCUUAAAGUCUUGCCAAUACUAGACAUGCUUUGAUUUUUUUAGUUUAUUGCAUGUAUAAGUUGUAAAUUACAGUCAGUGUUUUCUGCUGCAACUUGUAGUAUUUCUGUCAAUAUGUCUGCCUCCUCUUAUUUGGUAUAUUGAUGCAGUGUUCAUAGGUACAUUGUGAAAUAUUUGAAAGGGGGUGAAAACAGUACUUAAAGUUAGUGGUACUGUUUGUAAAGCAGUUCUAAAUUAAGAAAAGGCUAAAGAGACUGGGGUCAGACCUUGACCACUGCUGUAUGUAUUCCACUGGUGAUUCAAAAAUAGCACUGGUACCAACAUGCCACUUCUCAGCCAAUCAAAACCAGUCUCCACUUGGGCUGGUCCUCGAUUAGUAAUAGGGGGGAGAGGCGUUCAAGUACUAUGUGUGUUUUCACUUACUGUGGAGUACAAAAAAGUAACACGUGACUUUGUAGAUUUUGCACUCGUCAACUACCUAUCUGUGCAUGCUUCUCACCAUUUCAACAUGUAAGACCUUCUUGAAACGUACUUUUGAAUACUAACUAUAAAGGUCAUGUGACAGCAAUCAUCUUUCAGUGUAUAACCAAUACUUCACUCUCUGUGUCUGUGCUUUCUCAAACGUAUAAUGGAGAGCUGAGGCAAGACAAAAGGUCAGAGGAAAUGGACUAGAAUACAACGGGAUCAUAAAAUAAACUUAUGUUGAGAAUCUUCUGACAGCUAUUAUCUGUGACUGUGAUGAAAUUUGCACAAAUCUUCUCUACGUGGUUCAGUUUGUCAUCCCUGGACCAAAAAAGCCCCCUCCCCUCUGGCUUGUUGUGCCUGUCCUCAUAAUUUGUCUUGCCUUCAGACUGUUCCACAGGGCAGCUGACAGGGUUGAUAUUCACAGCUGUGACAGUGCAGUGACGCAGCAUGCCUAUGUAUAGAACCUGAUUCCUCUGAUUAGAAAAAUUGAAAAAAGUUCAUUCAUCUUCAAUAAAAGUGUCAUGUUUGUAGCUAA